AUGACUAUUGCUAAAGAUUCUGAUAUUCGAUCGACAAUUCAUUUAACAUCGCUCUCGAUAAAUGACUGUAGUGAUUUAAAAAUGGACGAAAUUGAAUCACUCCUUUCACUUUUACCUAUGUUAAAGCAUCUUCGAUUGUUAGGUCAACGUUAUUCAAUUGAUCAUCAAUUUUUUGACAGUUCUCGUUGGGAAGAAUUGAUUCAAUCGAAAUUACCUUUAUUAAAUCAGUUUUACUUCUGGCUUUACAAUUCUCAAGAUUUUGAUUCCAAUCGUGCUACUGUAGAGUCACUGAUUGCACCAUUUCAAACUCCAAUUUGGCUCGAAAAUAAAAAUUGGUUUAUCAAGUGUGACUAUGAGCAUAGUAAGCAUAGUCAUUAA